AUGGACAAAAAUCUGCAAGUCAGUAAGUUACAAGAGGUGGAUUUGCCUUUUGGGUUUACGCCCAGAUUGAGCAUGUCUGAGAGAGAUCGUUGCAAAAGCGAAGAAGUUGUUCUAUUAGGAAAUUUUGAUGGGAUUGAAGAAGAUGAGCUGUCGUCGAGCGACUCGUUAAAUCUAUUACUGGAACGACAAAGACAGCGACAGUUGAAUCAUCCCUUGCAUCAACACCACAUUAAGACAUCUUCUGUGCAACGUGCAACACGCAAGGUGAAAGAAACAAAUAAGAUUUCGCUUGAAUAUGACCCUAUAUCUAAGCGUAAGGUGUUAAAUACAUAUGAGAUUAUUAAAGAGUUAGGUCGUGGCCAGCAUGGUAAGGUGAAGUUGGCGCUUGACUUGGUAACGAAACAGCAAGUAGCCAUAAAGAUUGUUGACCGGCACAAUAAGAGAACUUCAUGGAAGUUAACGAAACCUGCUAAACAUGAGGAGAAUGAUAAAAUACGGAGAGAAAUAGCUAUCAUGAAAAAAUGCGACCAUGAGCAUGUUGUGAAGUUGAUUGAGGUUCUUGAUGACAUGAAAUCUAGAAAAAUUUAUUUGGUAUUGGAAUAUUGUUCUAAAGGAGAAGUAAAAUGGUGUCCUGGCGACCAACUUGAAAUUGCUGCUCGUGGGCCUCCUCUUCUAACUUUUCAAAGAACUAGGGAAAUUCUCAGAGGCGUCGUUCUUGGCUUGGAAUACCUACAUUACCAAGGGAUUAUUCAUAGAGAUAUUAAACCAGCAAACCUUCUUCUUUCUGAAAAUGACGUCGUGAAGAUAUCGGACUUCGGUGUAUCUCUUGCAUCUUCCAAGUCUUCUUCUUGUGCUUCGUCAUCCUCAUCUCUGUCUUCUGCAGUAGCUGGGUUUGGAGCAGAGGGGCCAGAUGAGUUGGAAUUGGCCAAGACAGCGGGUACUCCAGCCUUUUUCGCUCCUGAAAUAUGUUUGGGUAAUGAUGUAUAUCAAAAGUUGGAGAUUGAUAGAGAAGAAAUUCCAACAAAGGGGCCUUUAGUCUCAUUCAUGAUAGAUAUUUGGGCUUUAGGAGUCACAUUGCAUUGCCUAUUGUUUGGAAAGUUACCAUUUAUUUCUGACUUUGAAAUGGAGUUGUUUGAGAAAAUUGUUAAUGAUCCUUUGAAAUUUCCAAGUUAUUUGGAUAUGAAAGAAAACAAUGUAUCCCAACUAUCCUGUGAAGAUGAAUAUGAAGCAGCUAAAGAUUUAUUGAAUAAGUUGCUGGAAAAAAAUCCCUUUAAGCGAAUAACCAUAUCGGAGAUCAAAAGGCACCCCUUUGUCUGUUGGGACUUUAACAAUACCCAGGGUCUGGAUGAAAAAUACGCUUCUUUAAAGUUAUCUGAACAGACAACAUUUUGUAGGAAUGAAGCUGAAUGUUAUCAACAAAUUUCAGUUUCCCUUGAUGAAGUGGAUAAUGCUGUGUAUGGUAUCGGUAAAGGAUUAAAAAAAUCAAUGAUGGAUACUCUACUGGGCGUUUCAAGUGGGAAUAAUAAGAACAAUAUGGGAUCUAGUUCGAAGAACAUCAUGAAUUUCUUUAACAAAAAUUCAUUAACCAACAACGACCAUAAAGAGAUACCAGAUUCUUUGAGUUACGCUGAAACACUUAGAAAAUCAACGUUUUCUCCAACUGACAUAGACAGUGUAAACAUUAUCUUAAGCGAAGGUCCAAUUGCCUCCAGUAGAGAUCAAUUACCCGCUUACUGUUCAAUUCCUUCGUUGCAUACUCAUCAGGCUACGGUUCAACCCGAACUGAGCGCCCGUGAAUUAUUUCAAAGAGAACUACAAAAAUUUGACACUGAAAUAGAUCCAAAUUCCAUUGUUUCGUUGCCGGUCAACUCUUCAUUUGCUUCAUUGGAUAGUCUAUACAUUGAUAACUACGCGUUAAACGGCGUGUCGUUGUGUGAAACAGAACACCAACAACGUUCUCCUCAACACGGGCAAACAGCACAUGCAGCUAAAAAUCCCCAAAAUAAUAAGAGCACUGGCUCAUUAUUGAGUCCAAUCAAUAAUUUACAUGUAACUACGACUCCAAAACCUCAUGAUAAACGACUGCCAUCUCCUCCUGUAUUGAGUAUCAACACCCUCACUCUCGAUUCAAACAGAAGUAAUCGCAUUCCUAGGUCGAACAUGUUUUCACCGCAAUCAGGGGGCAAUCUCUCCAGGCGUUCUAGUGCUGAAUUUUCAAGUGCCGCUACGACAAGUCGUUUCAAAAUGACUCCGAGUACUGGUGUGACAUCUUCUGUCAAUGUAUCUAGUAGAUUUGAUAGUCGCGAUUUUGCAUCAGAUUUUGCCACACCUCGUCUUUCAGAUAGUACCACAAGUGCAUCUGCGACAAUAGUUGCACAUAGAAACGAAUAUACGCCCAUAAUUGAACCCGACUGCCGAACCUCUCAUAAUUCAAAACUGGCAAAUCGCACCUCCAAAAGAAAGGGUAUCUUCCACGGAUUGCAUGGUAGCGAUGAUGAGAAGGAUUCUGAAACUACCAAUUCUGAUGGAUCAUCUAAUUUGGAGUCAUGCGGUACAUACAGUUACAGUGGUAAUAAAUCUGAUACUGAAUCUCUACCAUUUGAAUUUGGAAUCGAUUCCGAAAACGGAAGUGAUGUUUCACUAAGAAAUGUUCCGGAAGUGAGAGGGGUUGGACCCUUCUACGAACGCAGGAGGUCGCAGAAUUUAUAUUGUGAUGAUGGAAUUAUGGAUGAUAACGAUAAAUUAAUGUCGGAUAUGGGCUCAAUUGGUCAUUCCUUGCGAGUUUGUUCGCCCAGCAAUAACAAGUUGCAAAACUGUGAUCAGAGGUCCCCCUUUAAAACUCCAAAGGCCCAGUCGAUUCAACAACAUUCGUCAAAUCAGCUACAUCUAGGCUUGAACUGUGAUAGUGUGACAACGUUGACUCAUAUCCAAUCUGGUCGUCGUAAUUACUCACAAGGUGAAAGUACAACCACUCCUGUUGCUGGUUCUAAUUGCAAUCACCUCCUGUCCUACAAUGAACAUAUGAAAUACAGUGUUGACGUUCCCGAUGAUGUCUUGGACAUGAUUCCGGAACUCAAGAGAGAGGUUAUUAAUUCAACGAGCCCAGCUCCACUAACAUAUGGCACCAAUGGAUGGCUAUUACCUCAUGCUCCCUCUCCAGCUACAACACAGGAAACGCAUAUUGAUCAAGUUUUGAGUACUACAACGAAUGAUUCUUCCCAUAUAUCUUCUAAAGACUUAUUGCAAAGUGUUUUAAGCUCUACAGGUACCUCUAGAAGAGGCUCCGUCGCAGUAAUGCAGUCCAUGCUGUCUCCUAAUAUAACCCCUGAUACGGGUGAUGAUAGCGCCCGUUUUCUUGGGUUAAAUAAGAAACAAACCACGUUUCAACGUUUAGAUUAUAAAAAGCGGAACGAAUCAUUUACAGUUAAUAAUAGGCUUAUUCAUUCCAGUGGAAAUGAAACAGAUAGUCGCCGGCUGAGGUCACAGUCGAUCACAGUUGCAAAACUAGCAAAAUGUGAACAUGAUGCAUUAAUUGGAUAUAAAUGA